GUUUCUAAUGGAAUACAAUGGAAUAGAAAUGAUAUUGAUGUUAAUGAUAUAUUUUCAUAUGUCAUCGCCACAGAUAUAAUGAAUGAACACGAUGACAAUGAGCCUAAAUCUAUUGACGAAUGUCGUCGUAGAAAUGAUUGGCCAAAAUGGAAUGAAGCAAUUCAGGUAGAAUUAAAAUCGCUAGAAAAGCGUAAUGUUUUUGGACCAAUUGUCCAUACGCCAAAAGGCGUAAAACCUGUCGGUUUUAAAUGGGUUUUUGUGCGUAAACGCAACGAUAAAAAAUGAAAUCGUUAUACAAAGCCCGACUUGUUGCCCAAGGUUUUUCUCAAAUGCCAGGAAUCGAUUAUGAUGAGACGUAUUCUCUAGUAGUUGAUGCUACAACUUUAAGAUUUUUAAUUGGCAUGUCUGUUUUUGAAAGGCUGCAAAUGCGCCUAAUGGAUGUGGUGACCGCAUAUCUAUACGGUUCACUCGAUACAGACGUAUAUAUGAGAAUUCCUAGGGGCUUUAAAAUACUUGAUGCUUAUCGCUCGAAAUCUCGAGAUUUAUUUUCCAUAAAAUUGCAAAAGUCAUUAUAUGGAUUAAAACAAUCUGGACGCAUGUGGUAUAACCGUCUCAGAGAAUAUUUGAUUAAAGAAGGAUAUAAAAAUGAUCCUAUUAGUCCAUGUGUUUU